ACUCUCCACUCAUCACUCUCCAUUUUCUCCUUCUCUUUGAGCAAGGCAAACAAAUAAUGGUUACAACCCGAAACACGAAGGCCAGAGUCACCCCAGCUUCUCACCGUCGACCACCGCAAGAUCCUGAGUCGCCAGUGAAGACUUUCUUCAAGUUGGUCUUACCUUCAACAAUGAAGAAAAACAUGAUGAGGAUACCGCCAAAAUUCGUGAAGCUACAAGGGUCUAGACUCCCUGAGGUUGUUACAUUGGAGACUCCUGUGGGAUUCAAGCGUUCGAUAAAGCUUAAACGGAUCGGUGAAGAGAUUUGGUUCCAUGAGGGUUGGAGUGAGUUUGCAGAGGCUCAUUCCAUCAAGGAAGGCCACUUUCUGUUGUUCGAAUACAAGAAGAAUUCGAGUUUCCGUGUAAUAAUCUUCAAUGUUUCGGCUUGCGAGAUCGAAUAUCCACUGGAUGCAGUUCAUAUCAGUGACAGCGACGAUGAUGUAAUCGAAAUUACAGGCAAAGAGUUUAGUGGAAGUCAAGGUACAAGGAAGAAUGAUCAAUCUGUUGAUGGUGGUGAUACAGAGCACAAACCCAAGAAGAGGCCAAGAGACAUCGAGUUUGACAAGAUUCUACUCGAUGUUGAUAAGAUCAAUUCAAUCCAAGUGCUUAAAGAAGAAGAAGAAGACAUGAGAGUCUACAGGGGAUAACAGAGCUAUUAACAGAACCGAGACCUGCAAGUGUAUUUGUUGUGUAAUGUUUAUUAUUGGCACGAUGAAACUAAAAAACUUGCAUUGCACAU